AUGUCGGCGGAUGUGUCUGCUGACAGUGGCGCCAGCAGUGGCGCCACGCAGAAACAAGCUUCCAGAAAGAAGCAAACUCUGCCCUCAUGGCUGGAUCACUUCAACGGCAACGACCUCAAGACGCUCUUCCGCUGUUCCGUGGCGGCCUGGGUAGCCUCCCUCCUGAUAUACAUUGGGCCGUCGCUGCAUAGCAUUGGCUCAACCACCUUCUUUGCCGCACUGGUGCUCUUCGUGACGCCACCCGCCGGCAUCCUCCUCAUCUAUCUGCUCGGAUCCCUGUCCCUCCUUUUUGGCAUGUGCCUUGGCUGGGCCUGGGGCAUCGCGACCAUGAAGGCGGCGCUGGCUGCUCGUCCCGCAUCCGAUACCCAAGCACAGCUCCAGGCCCUGCAGCAGGCGGCUGUCGCUCAGGCAAAGAGCACCGGCCAGAAUGCAACCGUCAUUGGCCAGGAGCUGGUCUACCAGGGCGCGAUGCUCGAUGCCCGUGUGACGGUGGUGUACUAUGUCAUGAUUCUGGCCUUCAUCUACUUCCUGGCCCGCCUUAAAGCCGGCAAUAUCAAACUGACGUUUCUCCACCUAUUCGGUACCAUCGUGGCGGAUGUCUUUUUGCUAAUUGGACCCCUGCUGCCGUCCUUUACGCCGCUUCUGGGGCAGACGUUGGUGAAACCAGGGGCCAUUGGCGUCGGUAUAGGAGCUGCCUGCUGCCUUAUCUUCUUCCCGCAGUCCACCUCCUAUGCAGUACUCCGGAAGAUGGAGCAGCUCGUGCGGAUGCUGGACACCCCACUUGACCUAACUCAGAGGCGCUUUGCAGGCGAGUUGUUGGACUUGGGCCAGCUAAAGGCCACGAGGAAUGGCAUCGUGGCUCUAUAUAAGUCGAUGGCGCCUGAAAUCGCCUUCCUCCCGCUCGAUGUCUCCCGCGGACGUUGGAACGCAGAAGACGUCAAGGGCCUAGAAGAAUGUAUCCGCCAGGCCAUGAUAGCCGGCGUGUCCUUGCUCGACUUCCACAUCACCACCAUCGCCGGCCUGCAAAAGGUAGACGAGGCGGGCUUGCAGUACGACAAGCACUCAAGCGACGGUGCGGCGGCCGAAAAGGGAGGGCAUGAGAUUGGCCAGCGCCAUGUCCUGCAAUAUGCAGAGUUGAUGAACGCCUUGCGAACCCCAGAGCAGAGCGAGCUCCGAAUCCGGAUGACAGAAGCAAUGAACGAGACAACCGCUCAGGUGAGACUAGCCUGUUCCGAGUCCAUCGCACUCGUCGGGGAGUGCAUCCACACGGUGAACACCCGUCGAUGGAUCCGCCAGCCAUCCCAGCAAGAGUUUGACGGGUUGAUUGGACGUCUGGAGACAACCCUGGCAGCGUUGCAAUCCGCUCGCGACUCCUGUACGACCAAUACCACCGAAGCCAUUCUGGAGUGCCAUUCCGAUCUCUUUGAUCAGGACGGCCAGCUCAAGGCCCCGGAUGGCACCACCUUGCAUUCACAAUCCCUGCGAGCCAUGAUGGUGGCCAUGGUGUUGGAGGAGCGGAUCAUUGGCGUAGCAUUAGCCACGGAAGCCAUGCUGAAGCACGUUUUACAUCUAACAACAUCACAGACCCGUCACCGUAUCUGGCUCCCCUCCCGCAUACGCUACGCCUUUGGGUGGCUUGUCAGCGGCAAGGACACCGUCCCUGUCGCCGGUGUUUCUGAUGAUGGUGUCACAGACGACCCAGACGUGGUUGAUGAACAGUCCAAGGCGGUGCGCCAGCGACUUCGGCUCAUUCGUGGAUACGAGUCCCCUCAUCGCGGAACUCGACUUGGCAGAGCCAUUGUCGGCACAUACCGCUGGAUAACCAACCCAGCUGGCAUGUACUCGAUGCGCAUGGUUGUCGUGACGCUGGCCACUGCCAUCCCCGCAGCUAUUCCCAACUCUGCCGGCUUCUUCUACCGCGAAAAGGGGUUGUGGGCAGUCAUUACCGCGCAAACUUGCGUGCUCUUAUACAUGGCCGAUUUUACCUUUUCUCUCAUCUCCAGAGCGCUCGGCACGGUGAUUGGAGGUCUCUUUGGCCUUGUGGCAUGGUAUAUAGGAUCCGGUAGCGGUCCUGGGAACUCAUAUGGCUUGGCUGCUAGCACUGCUGUGUUUAUCGUGAUAGCCAUGUGGCUGAGGAUAUUCUUGCCUCUAGCCUAUGUUCAGGCAACUGCCAUGGGCGGAGUCACAAUGAUUCUCAUUUUGGGCUUCUCUUAUGCCUUUGACCACCAACCACAGUUUGGAUCUCCAGGCUUAGGUUAUCAAGCCUUCUGGAAGCGACUGGUCGACGUCCUCAUAGGCUUUGCUGCCGCGACUGUCGUUCAGCUAUUCCCCAAGCCGCCAUCUGCCACCGAACACGUGUGUAAGACGUUGGCGAACACUAUACGAACACUGUCAGACUAUUACGCUUUACUUUUGUCUCACUGGAGUCGAACAUGUAGAGACGGCCCCAUCAGUGCCGCUGCCAUAGAGGAUCUAACGCUGGAAGUCGCCGAGGUUCUAUCAUCAGUGACUGGAUCGAUAGCGCUACUAAAGGCAGACUUUAGUGCUGGUCCAUUCGACCAAGCUACCUUGCGCUACGCCCAAGAGCAGUGUCAAAACAUGAAUCAGGCACUAGGGAGGCUCCUUUAUCUAUCAGCCACUCUCCCCCAAGUGUUUCAAGAGAGGCUAGUAUCCGUUCUCGGCAUAUUGGAUGACGCUGCCAUUGGAAAUAUCAUGGCCGUAUUGGCAAUCGUCGAGCAAGCCCUACGGACUGGGUCCCCUCUCCCUGAACGGCUCCCUGUGCCCCUUCUGCGUACAUAUUUUGAGUCUCUGUCGGCUGCACAGCGUCAGAAUAUCGAUCUGAACAUCUCACUUGUUCGAGACGAGAAUUAUCGACGCUAUUGCGUUGCCGUGGCUUCUUACUUGAAGUUUCUAACUGCUAUUGAUGAUUUAGUCUUGUCCUUGAAGAGAACUCUAGGAGAACGCCAUGUGGUUUAUCUAAAGGGUGAUGAGGUAUGA